AUGCAAAUAAACACGUCACUUAUUCAAGCCUAAAGAGAUGCCUUGACUCCAAUCCUUAAGCCAGAUAUAAGAAUUCCAUGGAAAAUACUCUGUUAUGAUUCCUACUGUGAAAAAAGAUUGUCCACUAUUUACAGAGUCGGAGAUUUGAGAGAAAUGUGCAUUACUCUUCAUUUCAAUCUUGACCAAAAUCGAGAGAGAUUACACGGAGUCACAGCACUUUAUUUCAUACAACCAAUACAAGCUAGCAUAGAAAAAUUGGUUGAAGACUUUAAUCGAGAUCUUUAUUCAGAAGUGUUCAUUAAUUUCUCAUCUCCUGUUGAAAACACUUUACUAGAAUACAUGGCCAAAGAACUUAGCAAAAUUAGUGGGGCUGUCUAAAAAAUAUAAAAAGUAUACGAACACAAUCUUGACUUUGUUGCUCUCAAUCAUAAUUUCUUUAAUCUAGAAAAUCAAGUUGUAACUGGAUUGUUUUCUAUCAUCAUGGCUCUUAAAGUCUAACCGUUGAUUCUCUUCCAAAAGAAUUCUAAAAUUGAACAAAUUGCUAAAGAAUUGAUUGAAAAACUCAAAUAAUUUGAAUUCAAUUCUGAUUACCCUCUGCUAGCUAUCAUAUUACCAGACAGAGAUAUCGAUCUAAACACUUUAAUAAUGCAUUCAAACACCUAUGGAGCAUUGCUACAUGAUACUCUCAAUAUCAAAUACAAUAAAGUUAAAUUGGAGGAUCAAGUAUAUGAUCUCUCUCCUUAAUAUGAUAAUUUAUGGCUCUAAGCCUGUAAUAUGGCUUUGCCUGAUGCAAUCGAUAAAAUUGAUAAUGAAUUAAAUGAUUGGAACACUCAAUAUUAAUAGGUGUCAUAACAAAAUCAAGAAAUUUCAAGUGCUCUCAAUGCAAUUGAUUUAGUACCAUAAAUGAAUCAAUAAAAAAAGAUGGUUGACUCACACAUUAAUCUAGCCAAACAAUUGACUUAAAUUGCCAAAUAAAAGUCACUGGAUAAAUUUUAUCAAUUGGGAUAAAGUAUCUUAUAAAAUGAAACUGUGACUGUCAAUGAUUAUCCACAAUCAGAGGAUAAUCAAGUUUGA